AUGUCCACCGACGUCGACAAGAAAAUUGUGGCGAACGCCCUUCCCGUUCCCGCGGCGCCACGGGCCGAGCCGACGCCCACAACGGUGAUCCCAGCGACAGCUCCCACUACAACAGCAGCGGCCGCAACGCCAUUUGUGCCCCCCGAUGGCGGACGAAAGGCGUGGCUGGCUGUCGCGGGCGGGUUCCUGUGCCAGUUUUGCUCGUUUGGCUUUGUCAACGCUCUCGGCUCCUUCCAAUACGUCUACGAGAAAGAGAUCCUCCCGACCCAAUCCUCCUCCAACAUCACCUGGAUCCUGACCACGCAGCUCUUCCUCAUGUUCUUUCUCUCGCAGCCGCUAGGGUUAGCUGCCGACAUGUUUGGCGUGCGGGCCGUGCUGGCUCCGGCGUCGUUGUUUUCCGUGGGAGGACUGAUCGCGCUGUCGUUUGCGUCGGAGUACUGGCAGAUAUUCCUUGCGCAGUCACUGUGUUUUGGGUUGGGCGCUGCGGGAGUGUUUAUCUCGGGACUAGUGGCGCCGGGGCAGUAUUUUGGGCGGAAGAGGCCGCUGGUGCUGGGGAUUGUGGCGGCUGGGAGUUCGACGGGCGGCCUCGUCUUCCCAAUCAUGCUCGCCCGUCUGUUCGCCCAGAUCGGCUUCCGGCAGACACUUCGAUACACAGGGCUCAUGGUGGGCGUGCUGCUGGCGAUCGCCAACCUGCUGGUGACCACCCCGAUCCCGCCCAAGGGUCUCUCCGGACGCCGGUCGCUCGUGAGCCUGGCCAACUUCAAGCGGCCGACGUACUUGAUUUUCGUUGGGGGCAGCUUCCUCUUCUUCUGGGGCCUGUUUGGGCCGUUCGAUUACCUACCGAUCUUUGCCUCGGCUGAUCCGUCGACGGCUACGAUUGCGUUGUACUCGGCUGCGAUUAUCAACGCCGCCUCAAUCCCCGGCCGUAUUCUCCCCAACUUCUAUUCCACCCGCGUCGGCUCCUCCCUCCGCAUCCUCGCCGUCUCCGCCCUCGUAGCCGGCGCCUCCGUCUUCAUCAUCUGGCUGCCCAUCUACUACCACCGCUCCGAAGCCGGCCUGAUCAUCUUCGUCCUGGUCUUCGGCUUCGCCUCGGGCGCCUUCAUCUCCCUCAUGACGCCGGCCCUGAUCGAGGUCGCGGGGGGCAACCCCAGCGAGCUGGGCACGAUGCUGGGCUCGUUUUUUGUUAUUGUCGCCGUGGCUGAUCUGACGGGUUUGCCGAUACAGGGCGCGAUUGAGGGUGGUAGCAGUGGGUUAGCUGGGUUGAUUGUGUUUUGUGGGGUUGUGAUGUUGGCUGGUGCGGUGUUGUUGGGGGUGGCUGCGUGGAGGGCGGGUAAGGCAAAGGAGGAGGCGAAGAAGGCUGCUGAGAGAAGAGAGGCGGAGGAGAAGGGUCCGGCUGGGAGUAGCAGUGGUACUGGGAGUGCAGAGGCAUAG